UUUAGGGAGAGAGAAGAGCGUCAAAAUAUGGGCUCAUUGGGCUCUAAUUAAAAAUGAGGUGGGUUUUUAAAUAAUUUCAGCAAGGAGCGACGCCGUUUCAGCGAUUUGCUCUGAUUAGAAUUGGCAGAGAAAGAGAAACCCUAAGAUUGUGUAAUUGGGGCAAUGGCAAUCGCCAGGACGGGAGUGUACGUAGACGACUAUCUUGAAUAUGCGAGUACGUUGCCUGCUGAGCUGCAGAGGCUUCUGAACACUAUUCGAGAACUGGACGAACGCUCUCAAUCGAUGAUACACCAGACGAGGCUGCAGACCAAGCACUGCUUGGGAUUGUCAAAGAAAUGGAACAGCCAAGAAGAUGAGGCCUCCAUUGACAAAAUGCGUAAAGAAAUUGAAGCCAAUCAGGAGAAUGCAGUCAGUCUCUGUACUGAGAAGGUUUUGCUCGCAAAACAAGCUUAUGACCUGAUAGAUAGUCAUGUGAAACGACUCGACGAGGAUCUGAACCACUUUGCAGAAGAUUUAAAGCAAGAAGGAAAAAUAUCACCCGAUGAACCAGCAAUUCUUCCUCCAUUACCCAUAGUCCCCAAAACUGAAAAACGAAAGCCCAUUUAUGGAACACCUCAAUCAAAAAGGUUUGAUUAUAGGGAUAGGGAAUGGGAUCGAGAGCGUGACAGGGACUUCGAGCUCAUGCCACCCCCAGGAAGCCACAAAAAGGAAUAUGCUAUUCCCAUGGAUGCUGAUCAACCAAUUGAUCCAAAUGAACCUACCUACUGUGUUUGCCAUCAGGUGUCUUUUGGAGAUAUGAUUGCCUGUGACAAUGAAAAUUGCCAAGGAGGCGAAUGGUUCCAUUACGCAUGUGUUGGGCUCACACCAGAGACGAGAUUCAAGGGAAAGUGGUAUUGUCCAACAUGCAGACUGCAACCACAAGGGUAGGAUGUUCAUGGCCCAUGCUUGUCGUAUCUGUAUGUACCAUUGUAUACCUAAAUGAGGGGAACGAUCUGGAAUGGAUACUGGAUAAGUGGCUAGUGACGUUUGGAUUUUUAUUUUGUUUUUGAGAAUACUUUUUUUUAAUUUUGUUUUCUUGGGUUUCAAACUUUUGAAUUUUGAUGAAUUAUAAGAGCGGGAAAUACACCUUUCUAUUGACCAA